CAACAUGUAGAAACUGUAGAAGAAGAAACGUGCCGUCAUUUAGCUUCUCAUUGGUUUCGUUUUUCUUAGGUUUCCUAAUCGUUACUAACAUCAGCAACAGAGUAAUUCAUGCAUGCAUUAGCUUGGGUUUCUCUGCAGCUUCGUGCUUCGCCUGAAAACGUUCACGCUUGAUCACAGGUUACGUCUUCUGUCUUCCCCGACGCUUCUUUCUGCAGGAAACGCUUCAGUCGUUUCUCCACCGCUGCUUCCUCCUCAUCAUCAUCAUCAUCAUGUCUCACAACUACCCGUACCAACAUCCGCUGUCAGACUCCAACUUCAGGCCCAACCCACCGAGUUACAGCUCCGCAGCUGACAGCAGCUUUUACAAAGAACCUCAGGAGUCUUUCUCCUCCUCCUACCUGUCCUCUUCCUCCUCCUCAUCCUCUUUCUCAGCCUCCAGGAGCUCAGUGAGGCUGCAGCCGGCUCAGAACUCACGGGACAGCGUUCGCGGCAUCCUGAGCAGCUGCGGUCUGCAGCCUAAGGAUCUGGCUCUGCUCGCCAAGAUGCCUGAAGACGCUCUGACCAUCGAGUCUCUGCCGCACAUCCUCCAACAGAUCAAAGACGAGAGGGGAAUCGGCACACCAUUUCCUCCCACAUCCUCCUCCUCCUCUUACUCUUCCAGCUCUGCCCAUCAAACCUCUACCAGCUUCUCCUCCAGAGACUGGGACCAGCUCAGCAACCAUCCAGCCCAGUACCACCGCCAGUCCACCACAACUUCAUCUGAACCACUCCUGGACCGCUGGGGGAAUCCCAUGACCAUCGGUAGUGUCCGAUCAACACCAUCCUCCUCAUCUUCAUCAUCCAGACACCUGGUGGACUACGACCACAGACCACGACCCCCAGACUAUGGUAAGACUGGUCCAGUUCCCUCUUGCAGCCCAGCAGGACCAGCAACCAGAGCCCCCGCUCCUCAUAUCUCAGAUUCUGGACGAACUGAUUAUAGAACACCUCCUGCUCUCAACAAGAACUGGUCCAGUCCCUGGGAGGCCCUCGGCGAAUCUGGACCCUCCGCCUCCUCCUCCUACAGCAGCCGAGCCUCGGACUCGGCCCCCUCCAGGAAACAAGCUCUGGACUUCCAUGGGAUGUCCCCGCAGGUGUUCCCAUACUCGUGCUCUCUGUGUGAUAUCACUGUCCUGUCAGAGCGGGUUUGGAUUCAGCACAUCAAUGGCACUAUUCAUGCUGAUGGGCAGCUGGUACUGCUGCAACAGUUUCCUAACUGGGACUGUCGCAUGGACACAGACAGCAGGAAUGACAACCAAUCAGACAGGCAGAAGAAGACAGACCGACCCGCCCCACCAGCUCCCAAAGCCAGAACCAGUGAGAAACGAGCAGCACUGCCACCGAACAAGAAGGCGCAGAAGACUUCAGAGAAAGGGAAGGUGGUGUGUGCAAAGUUUCCGGCUCAGUCUGUGGACGAAGUGUUUCUGAGAAAACUGGUCGAACCUUUUGGAAAGCUCAUCAAAAUCCUCAUGUUUCCAUCUUUAGCAUUUGUGGAGCUGGGAUCCGCUGAUCAGGCAAACGAUUUGGUAAAGUUUCACAGCAACUAUCCUCCAACUGUGAAAGGAGAGAAGAUUGAGUUCAGCAUCUCCAAUGCCUUCAACUUCCUGCAGAGCUCUCAGGUGCUGAGUUUCACUCCGGCGCCAACUGGUCAGGACGGACGCUCGGAUCUGAUGAGCAUCAUCAAACGCUUCGGCAUGCCGGUCUACACACUGUUCCUGCCGUCCAAGGCCUUUGUGGAGAUGAGGAGCACUGCUGAUGCUCAGAAACUGGUCGAUUAUUAUUCAUCAAACACUCUGAGGAUCAACAAGGACCGUGUCACUGUGGCUUUCUCUGCAGAAUACAAGACCCUUGCGCAGGUUCCAUCAUCCAAGAAAUACGAAGAAGAACCUGUUUCAACCCAGAGAACAAGUAGCAGAGAUCACAAGACUAGGACCAGGUCCAGAUCCAGGGACAAGUCCAAAAGAGAGAAAAGGUCCAGGUCCAGAGACAAAUCAAGAGAAAAGAAAGAAACCAGAAGAAAGACCAGAGCCAAGUCUAGGUCCAGAGAAAGGUUAGAUGGAGCUCAGAAGAGCAGAACUCGGUCCAGGUCCAGAGACAUUUCCAGCAGAGAGAAAAGUACCAGAACUAGAGACAAGUCCAGCAACAGUUCCUCCAAGCAAAACCGGUCUGCAGAGAAGCUGGAGGAUCCGAAGAAACCAGCCGCUAAAACCAGCACUGCAGAUGAACCACACCGAGGUGAUAGAGAAGCUGAAGCUGCUGAUGAAGAUCGCCGGAAGGAUGACGAUGACUUGUCUGCAGAGGAGAGCGACAUUGAGGGGAUGGAGGUGAUCGCAGAGGAUGGAGAGAAUAUAGUGGAUGAAGAGGAGGAGGAAGAAGCUGCUGGUGAAGUUAACUUAUCGAGAGAAGAGGAAGACGAGCAGAAGAACGUAAAAACUGAUGAUCAGGAGAAACCUAGGAUGGAGAAAGAGGAGGAGAUGGAGAGAACACAAGAAGACGAGGAGAUGAAGACGACAAAGCAGAAUGAAGAAUCUGAGGAAAACGAGGAGGAACCGGGUUUCCCCCUGGACCUGGAGAACUGCAUCACUCUAGAUGAAGUGGAGACUGAUGACCAAGAUGAUGAUGACGCUGAUGAAGAAUCUGAGUCCAGCAGAGUUCUGUACUUCAGCGCCAUGCCACUGCGUUUCACCGAUGCUGAGUUCCUCAAACUGAUGAAGGGUUUUGGGACAGUGGUUCGAUACCUCCUCAUCCGGAACCGACGACAGUGCUUCGUGGAGAUGUCAAGCCAGUCAGAAGCUAUGAAAGCUGCCAGACAGCUGGACUCCAAAUCCGUCAGCAUUGGCGGCUGCAGGCUUCAUGGAACCUUGUCCCGCAAAUACAACCGACUCAUCAAUGGGUGGGACGUUCGGCAGGACAAAAAGAAGAGGAGCGAGCAGAGAGGCAGCAAGAGGUCGAGCAGAACCAGCACCUCAGACACGGAGGAGACCAGCAGGAGGUCCAAGGGGAGGAAGGAGGCCUCAAGGAUGAACCAAGAGAAGUCUGAUAAGUCUCCAGAGAUGGACACCUCGAGCAAAAAGACAGAAGAAACAGACGUCACAAACAACUCGGAGACCAGAAAGCAUCCAGACCGAAAGACUACAAGGAGUCCCGAAAAAAGAAAAGGCGGUUCUGAUAACACCCCAGUGCCUCAAAAGUCCAGAAGAACAGAACCAGAAGAAAAGAAAACUGAAGAUCCGAAACCAUCAGACUCUGAAAAGGAUUCAACAAGCCCAGAUCCUCCUCAACAGGUGGAGCGACAAACUGAACCUGCAGAGGACGUCGCAGAACCCAAACUGCCUGCUGAACCAGUUGGAGCAGAAUUUGUGCGUCCGGUCGUUGGUUAUUUCUGUAACUUGUGUCAGCUGAUCUUCUGUGAUGAGGAUGAAGCCAAAGUUGGGCACUGCAGCACAUUAGAACACUACAGGAAGUACCAGGAGAAGACGGGGAACAAUCCGUGGGCAAUCUGAUCAUCAAUAGACUGAAAAACAGAUGUUUCCAUAAGAUUGAUCGAUCUGAACCUAAAAAUCCAAAAUGACUCCAGACUUGUUUCACUUUGACGUUAAAGUCAGAUUUCAGUUUCCAAAUAAAUCAUAACGUCUUAGUUUAUUUUUCAAAACAUCCAAACAGUAAAAUACAAAGCUCAACAGACUUAAAGGAGCAGUUCAACAUUUCAGGAAGCGCCUGAAUGCCUCCCACGUCCAUCAUGGAACGUUCACGUUCCACAUAGGAAGCAGCACCCAACAGACCAUGUACCCUGGAUGGAUUCCAGGCGUUAGACCAAGCCCUACAGGAGAUCAAACCUGUCGGUGUUAAACUGUUCCCUUCAAACGUGUUCACAACCUCUCACAUCGUCAUGGUAACUAACCAAAAACAUCAGCGUCGUGUUGGUUGUAUCAUGGACUCUGAUUUAAGUUCAUUAAAAUGAAAAAAAAAAAAAAGAGAGGAAAG